AUGCUCAGCCGCGGCGACGUUGUCGGCUUCAUUGAAACGGCCCUCGACGCAGCAAGGCUGACGACGGAUGAGGCUGAGGCCAUUGUCAAGCACCUGCGAGCCUCCGCCGGGCGCGCCGAGGCCGCCUGGGCCGCCAUCGCUAAGUGCCUAUACCGCACGGCGGGAGAGGGGCCGGGGGCGCGUGCACGCCCGGGGUGGGCCCACGAUCUGCGAUUCUACGGCGAGUGGUGGCUUACGCUUCGGCCCUCAGAUGCUGUCGAAUCACGGCGGGCCCGCUACCUUCUGCAGGCCGGCGAGGGUGGGGUCUACGCGUCUCUACUCCCGCAGGCCGCACGGCAAGGGGAGCAGGCGAAGGAUGAGCUCAUUAGCGACCUCGCGCUGCGCCUACACGGCCCUCUCUACCACCUUACUCUCUUGCACUUGGACUGCUUUGACAUGAACCCCGGCCGGAUGUUGGUCUUCCUCUUUAAUGGGAUUCUGCCGCUCAAAAGGAACAUUUGCGAGGCCGCUAAGUUGACUACAAGGGAAGAAGGUGAGGUGGAAUCCCUCCCGGACGGCUCUGGAAAAAAGACUAGUGACCCAGAGGCAUUGCUAGGGACGCUUUCAUUUUCGAAUUGUAAUAUCGGGACAGCGUCGUUGAUGGUAAUUCUGCUUGCACUCGCUGAGGAUGGCGAGACGGCCCGAACGACCGCCUUGGAUCUCUCCUGCAAUUGUCUUACAAAUAACUCGCUGGAGUGUUUUACCGCGCUACUCAAGCAAACGAAGGUCAAAAAGCUCGAUCUUCGCCACAACUACCUGUACGCGCCGUGGGGUACGGAAUUACUGAGCUUUUUAGAGGAAGGAUGUUCUGAGUUAACGGAGCUGAGCUUAUGCUCAACGGGGCUCUCGCAUGCGCAAAUCCGUUUGCUCUUGCACGCGCUUCCGGGGAUGCCCAAUCUACGCGUAUUGUUGUUGAACCAUCUCGAUAUCCCGCUUGAAAUGGCGUUGGAGGUUCACUCUGCGGUUCAAAAAUCUAGGCUUCAGUACCUCUCUCUCGUAGGAUGUGCGGUGAAUAAUCAUCCAACCCUUAUGCAGAAGCUGGUAGCCUGCUGCGCGAAGAAUCGACAAGCGGAGGGGGUUGGGAUGGAUUUCUCGCCGAAUGCUUCGUUUUUUGAAGAACACUUGAAAAGAAUGGAAGCAAAGGGGUGGACACCGCUAUUGCAUAGGUCUUCUUUGAGUAUCGACUUUGAACCAUACACCAAUAAUGACCCUUCACUUUUUUCUGUCUUUCACAGCAUUAAUUAA